AUGCUCAGUGGAGUGUCAUUGUCUGACCGUGGCGUGUUGUGUAUGCAGUCCGCGGCGCGGCGACACGGCCAGUGCUGCACCAACUGCGGGUCGCGCAACACGACGCUGUGGCGGCGCAACAACGACGGCGAACCUGUCUGCAACGCCUGCGGCCUCUACUACAAGCUGCACGGGAUCAACCGGCCUCUAGCUAUGAGAAAAGAUGGGAUUCAGACGCGGAAGCGUAAGCCGAAGAAGUCAGGCAAUGGAACCAAGCCUCCGCAGGACGCCAACAAGAAAGAUGACCACAACUCCCCGGGAAUGGACGACAGUAAACAAAGUCUGCCGGAGGUGCCGCUUCCGCUGACGCAGUCCAUGUCUAGUCACGGCGCGUCCAAGGCGCGUGAGUCGCACGCCACGCCCGAGACGUCGCCCCACGGGCACGCGGCGCACGCGCACGCGCUGGGACACUCGCAGGCGCAUGCGCAUGCGCAGACGCAGCCUGGCCACGCGCAUGCACAGUACCCACUGGGGCUGCCCGCCGCGCCCUUCCUGUCCAACCCGUCGCUCUUCAACAUUAAGAGCGAGCCCAGCAAUGCCAACGGCUACGAGUCCUACCCCACGCACUCCGGCCCGCACUAUCACUCGCAGCAACACUACUUGCACGCGCUACAGUAUGGUCUUAGCAACAGCGAGGAGGAGGAAGGCAGUGGGUUCUUACACCAGCGCAAUGUGACGGCGCACGCCAAGCUGAUGGCGUCCACGUAGCAGCGCCCGGACGCGCGCUGAGUGCCCCCGCUGUUGAUGCCGACGGACUCGCCGAGGCCCGCCGGGUCCCACUGCUACCAAUCCGACACUUCUAAGUGACCGUUCCUGCUGAGGACUAAAGCUGUGAUCGAGUUGUUUGCUAUACGAUUAUGAUUACCGCGGCCUUAAUUAAAAGUGUCGGACAGGAUCCCGCGACUCCUUAGGAGUGGGAUCUUUCACCCUUCACCCUUAGAAGAUGGACUUACGGCAGUUUGGGUCAUUAUUAGGUACCCCGAGUCUAUUAGUACCUAUUUAUCAAAACUAGCAAUGUCAACUUCCAUUAGUUAAAAGUAUUGUAUCUAAUUAGAAUAUUGUAUUUGAGUUCCGACCAAUCGAAUGUAUAUAGUUUAGUUGUAACAUUAAGUAGGUAGGCAGUAGUAUGUGUAGGUGCGAGUAAACGGGACGCGGGCGGCCGAAGCUGUAGCUAGUCGCUCGAGGCGCCUUGCCAUUCUGACUGACACAGUGGUAACGCAAGUAUUAACUAUUUAAAUAUCUACUUUAACGUUCCAUGACAAUCGUAAUCUCAAAAACUAGUCUAAUGAUUGUUAAUUAGAGAUGUUUCAGGAGUUAAAUACUGAUAUUAACAUUUUAGGAGAUAACUUAGAUGUUGGAUUGUUGACUUGGAUGUUGGUACAGGAGCAAAUCUUUGCGAGUGGUGGAACCUGCGAGUCUGCUGGUACCUUAGCUUCUCGAUGUAAAUAAAGCCAUUUAGAUGUAUGUAUAAUUAUGUUAUUAGUCAAUAAGUCAAACAGUAUUCACAUUAUUCCAUGUAAGCACUGCGCUUUAUCUUCAUAUAAGUAUUUCCUACAGGUACGAGACAGUACCCGCAAGAAAUAUUUUAUAUUAUACCUACAUGGACGGAAUAUUUUGUGAACGACAACUCUAUCGUUUGUUAUAGGUAGGUAACAAUACACGGUUAUGUAAACUAAUCGAGGGCAGGCUAUAUGUAUGGCAGAAACAUGUACACAAACUUUAUAUUUUGUCAAAAUAAAUAAUUAUACAGCCUGCCCCGAUUACUUGACUAGUAGCCAAUAAUUGCAUGAAGUGAGGUGAGCACCUGUGAGGCAAACUGACACAAUAAUGUGACUUAGUUUAAUUAAAUAAGUUUGAAAUAAAUGGCAUUUACAAUAUCUGUACAUAUUAGCUAGAAAUUAAAUAUUCAAAAUUUAUUUUAAAAUUGUUUAUUAUUUACGGUUCAACAAACAUUGUAUCACAGAGUGUUUGGUAUAAUUAUGUUAAAUCUAAGUUAAGCCUUAUAGAGACGAUAUUUUUCACAGCCUGUUCUCAAUUAGGCUGGGAUCAGCAGUAUAUCAAAACAUCUCAAAUUAAAUAAAAUUGGCAUUAACUUCGAGUUCAAUACAUCUCAACAUUUGAAUAAUUAUAAAAUAGAAAUAUAUAUGUACAAAAACAAGUCUGUUGUAUAAUAUAUUACAAAAUACAUAUAAUGAGUGCACAACACUGGUUUUUUCUUUCUAUCUUGGUACUCUAUCAGUUCCUAAGAAAAUUUCUUCAGAGCCUCUCCAGUGAGUCUGUAGUAACACCACUGCUCUGAGUUAGUCAAGUUGACUGCACCUUUGUGCUCAUAGAAGGAACGUGCCGGGUUCCACUCUAGGACAUGGAAAUCAAGGCGGCAACAUCCUGUAGAUGAGGCUUCCUGGAAGAAACAAUGGAUUUAGUUAAUUAAUUCGAUUUCUUUAAUACAAAUUUGGUUUUACUGUUUGUUUACCUUAGCUACAGCUUCAAACAAUUUUUGGCCAACCCCUAAACGUCUCUGACUUGAGCGAACAUAUAAAUCUUCAAGCAUCAUGGAACGUCCCUCCCAUGUGGAAUAUGUAGGGAAAUACAGUGCGUAGCCCGCCACCAUCUCACUUCCGGGACGCUGCACCUCUGCUAUCUUGCAAUGGAAUGCAGGGGGCUGCCUCUCAAAACCAUCACGUUCCAAAU